UCCGUCUUUCGAAAUGAGACAGUGAUGGCUGAGCGCUCGUGCCAGACGGACCUGUACUACGUGUCCCCAAAACAAAUAUAAGAUUUAGUUAUAAAAACUGUUCUGUGUUGUGUGUCCUAGCACCUAGCUAGCUAGCUAGUUGUGGCUAGUGUGUGUUGUGUGUAUACCGUGUGCACCAAAACCUAUAAUGGGUAACAAGCAACUCAUUAAAAAGAAGACAUCUCGAAAAAGACAACUCAGAAGAUUCCAACAAACAAUGGAACAAACGAAAAGAAGAAAAUUGGAUAAUUUCACAGCCGAAGAUGAUACUAUAUCUUUAGACUACAUCGAACUGCAAAAUAUGGAAAUGGAAUCUCCGAUUUCAUCAAAGUUGAAAGUCAGUCAAAAUAACGAUGAGGCGACCAGCUCAAACAUUUUGAACCCACGCAUUGCACAGGUGGAUGACACUUAUCGGGUUCCUAGUCUAUUAGAGGAAGAAGAUACCCAUGAGUUACAAAUAUCGUUCGAUUUGGAAGAAGAGCUUCCUGACAAAACCGUCGGUCGAAGAAUUGUUGCAAUUAGUAAUUUUUUUACAAAAUUACAAUCGAUUUGCAAUCAUGGACCCUUAGGAUGCGGUAUUCAAGAAAUGCAGUUGGUUGGAGAAGUAAAACAUGGGCAUAAUUGAACUUGGCUCUCAUUUCACAUUUAUG